AUCGCCACCCGGAAGUUCAAUUUCGAAAUGUUUCUUAGAGCUUUUUCACGAAAAAUUUGAUUUUUGGGCUUAAUAUGUUAUGACCGGCCAUGGUAAUGGAGUCUGGGCGCACAUCGGCAUACGGCAAUAACACCAAUGUAGAUUUUACACAAAGCACUGAUGAUGACCCUCUCAUUGAUGGACCACUCGUAUCCCAAGAUGCACUUGAGUCGGCAAUCAAGAGAGAGUUUCAGACAUUAAGCACUCACUGGGCAGUGGGUGUCCUAUCAUUUUUACACGUGGUUUAUGUGGUGGUGUGUAUCGUAAUUACAGUAUUUUGCUGGAUAUCUGAUGAACACACAUCUGAGUGCACUGCAGCAUUAAAUGGGAUAGACUCCAAAACCGUGGUGUUACUGGGAAAAGUUGCUCUCUGGGUGGUCGUCUUUAUAUACGAUCGAGUUGUCCAGCGUCGCCACAGCGCAGUGAGACGGAAAGGUUAUCUGGACUUUUACAGGACGACCAAAGGAAUUAAAAGCCUUCCCCUACUCAUUCACUCUGCAGGAAAUGCAGCAAUCCUGACUGUAAUUGCUCCAUCCUCACUAUUGGAUGCAAAUGUGAAGAAUCUGUCUGUGUAUCUUCUGUUGGCCAUCAUCUGUUUGGAGCUUCUGCUGACAAUCAUAUGCUUGCUAAGAUAUACAGUGCAUGUGGUGAAGUUUAACAGAAAGAAGCCGCAUCCUGACGUGACUGAAGAGGAGAGAUCUUACGGCUGCUCCAGCGACGCACACACAGAGACUGGCUUCAGAGAUGGCUCCAGUCUAGAGGAUGUGGUGGAGAAGCAGGCGGACCUGAUUGAUUAUCUGAAACAGCACAACAGCGUUCUGAGCCGCAGGAUCCUGACACUGACCGGCCAGCAGAUCAGAGCCUGACUCCUGCGCACACACACACUCACGGCUGACUGUGCGUAUGAUGAGUUCUGAAUGGUUGCGUGUGAACGUGAGAGCGCGUCUAUCUAGACUGGCAUCGGCAGCCAUGGCUCACUGAUCAGAAGGCUUUUGGGGGGAAACGAACCCUGGUAACCUCUCUAAUGACAAGUCGGGGUAAACAAUGGCCACAAUUAGAAAGUCAGAAACCUCCGCUGCCGAAAAUGUUGACUGGAGAUGCUCAUUGUGAGUUGGAUUUGAUCAGAGCUAAAGCGUUGUCGUUUAACUUCUGCUCUUCUAAGUGGGUUUAUGUGAGAGCAGAAAUGUGUUCGUUAGUUGUGUGCUUCAUUUCCGUUCUUUAGUGCAGCAUUUGUGUUUUGGGUUUGUUGAUCAGUGUUGGAGCCACCGGGGAAAGCAUUAGUCCUAAUACUGGAUGUCACAGAGCUUUUGAAUCACUGUGUUUUUAUCUAAACUAAUGUGAAUGAAAGGAUUGAAACUUGUUUUUGAAAUAAAAUUGAACAGAUUUUAA